AUGGUAGAUGACACUCCUCUUGGUUCCUCAGAAUAUGCCAUUAUCCCAACUACAGAUAUGUUCCCUAACUCUUCCUUCACUGAACUUGCCUCUACAGUGGAAUCUAAUCUGCCUUCAACAAUUCCUGCUUCUGAGCCCACAACAAUUGUUCCAACUACAGCACCUCCAAUUAGGCGAUCCACUAGAACAAUCAAACCACCAAUUUGGAGUAUAGAUUAUGUCAGCAUGGCUUCCUCCGAGUCUAUAAAACCACACUUUAUUUCUCAAUUUGUUAGUUAUGACAAACUCUCUUCUGCACACAAAGUUUAUAUUAGCUAUAUUUCUAAGCACCGUAAGCCUAAGACAUACUUUGAGGCCAUUCAGUCUUCUCAUUGGCGACAAGCUAUGGUCGAUGAGCUCCAAGCCUUGUCCCUUAAUCAAACUUGGGAACUUGUUCCACGACCACCACACAAACAACCCAUAGGAUGCAAAUGGAUGGACGUCCAUAAUGCACUCAUUCAUGGUGAUUUAGAUAAAGAAAUUUACAUGGAAGUUCCACCUGGCAUUCGCAGACAGGGGGAGACAUUGACGGCAGAAGGAUUUGUUGAAGCGAAGGAAGGAAAGACAAUGGAAGAAGUUGCGCAGGAGUACCUUAGCGAGCUCUUGAACAGAAGCCUGAUGCAAGUGGCUGGAACAACAAGCGAUGGAAGAGUCAAGGCCUGUAGAAUCCACGACUUUCUGAGGGAAAUCAUUAAAACAAAGUCCAGAGAGCACAACAUUGCAGCCAUAGCUAAAGAACACAUGAAUCAGAACACACUAUGGCCAGAUAAGGUUCAACGAUUAUCAGUUCACAAUACACUACAAAAUGUUCAGCAAAACAGGUUUGUCAACGCUUCUCAAUUGCGUUCUCUGUUCAUGUUUGGGAUAGAUGAAAAACCACGUUUGCACGCACUUUUUCCAAGUGGGUUCAAGCUUCUAGGCGUCCUGGACAUGCGAGGCACACCAGUCACAAAAUUUCCCAUUGAAGUUAUGAACCUGUAUUAUUUGAAGUACAUGAGCUUGAGGGACACCAAGUUGAAAACGAUUCCAAGAUACAUAGGGAAGCUUCAGAACCUGGAGACCUUAGAUCUUAAACAUGCCUAUGUCACUGAAUUGCCAUCAGAUAUACUGAACCUCAAAAAGCUUCGUCAUCUCAUGGUUUACCGAUAUGAAUAUGAGACUUUUGCUACUUUUAAAUAUGGCUUCAAAAGUCUAGAGAAGAUUGGUGUUCUUCAGUCUUUACAGAAACUCAGUUUUAUCGAGGCAAACCAUGUUGGGACGCUACAAGAGCUUGGCAAAUUAACUCAACUUAAAAGACUCGGAAUUAUAAAGUUGAGAAAACAAGAUGGGAAAAUGUUGUGUUCGUCUAUUGAACAUCUGACAAACCUUCGCACAUUAUCGAUAACUUCAACAGAAGAGAGCGAGAUUAUUGAUCUUCAGCACCUUCACCAUCCACCUCAGCUCCUUCAAAGAAUCUACUUAACAGGACGGUUGGAGAGUUUACCUCAUUGGAUAACUUAUGUUCACAGCUUGGUGAAACUUAAGCUAAGAUGGGCUAGAUUGAAGGAAGAUCCGCUGGUGUUUCUGCAAGAUCUUCCUAAUCUUGUUCAUCUCGAACUGGUUCAAGUAUACGAUGGAGACAUGCUCUGCUUCAUGGCUGGUGGGUUCAAGAAGCUGAAGCUACUAGGUUUGUACAAGUUUGAAGGGCUUAGAUUUGUGGAAAUACAAAAGGGAGCAAUGUCGUGCAUUGAAAAUCUUAGAAUUCAGCGGUGUAAGUCGUUGCAGAAGGUGCCGCUGGGAAUUGAGCAUCUGAGCCAGUUGAAAAUGCUAGAGUUUUUUGACUUGCCACAUAAAUUGCUGAAGACGAUUCGCCGAGAUGAAGGAGGUGAAGAUUACUGGAGAGUUGCACACAUUCCUAAAGUGAAUUCAACCACUGAAGAGACGGGGAUGGGAAGUUUAGGUAAGAUUUCAUUUAGAUGA